CAGCCAGGGGUACGGGGUGGGGUCAUACUCCUGGAGCGGUGACCUUCGACUGACCACCACUCCAUGCCGGCCUUCGAGCGUGACUUGUGUUUACGAUCUCCACCCCUCCGCCCCUGCCCAGCGUCUCCCUGCCUGCCACCCUACCACAGCGCCACCCCUACCAGUCAAUGUGGGCAGCUGUCUCCGACACUCUCCGCCCUCCGUCGGCGUCCGAGCGUGGGCAGCGUUAUGAGUGUGUCUGGCCUCUCCUGUAAUACUACCAUCGAUAUCUCCAAGCCUCUCCUGUCAGACGCCCUUAAGCCCAACCUCUGUAGGAUCUGUGGUAAGACCUACGCCAGACCCUCCACCCUCAAGACCCACUUGAGGACUCACAGCGGUGAGAAGCCCUAUAGGUGCAACGACUGCAACAAAUCGUUCAGCCAAGCGGCCAAUCUUACUGCGCACGUGAGGACCCACAGCGGGGAGAAACCCUUCCGUUGUCCCAUCUGUGACCGUAAGUUCUCCCAGUCGUCCUCCGUCACCACGCACAUGCGCACACACUCGGGCGAGCGACCCUACCGCUGCCGGAUGUGUAAAAAAGCCUUCAGUGACUCUUCGACGCUCACCAAACACCUGAGGAUUCAUUCCGGGGAGAAACCGUACCAGUGCAAACUCUGUUUACUUCGCUUCAGUCAGUCUGGAAACCUUAACCGUCAUAUGAGAGUUCAUUCUCAGAACUCCUGAGGCGGGUGAGCCGUGUUUCCUGCAUACUUCACGCCCCAGUUGCUUUAUCCUUUUCCAGUGUCAUUUCCACUGCUACAACGGUGUCUACGGAAUAUCUGGAGCUAUCCACCGCCGCUUGACGGCAUUCUGAAAGCUACCCAUGCUGCCUGCCUAUUGUGACUGAGCGACCCUGGGACGCUAUUCUCUGCUGUUUUUUCAUCUCAGUUGAGCUUCAGAGUGCUAUAUCAACCGUUGUUUGAGAGACGACCAGUUAUGAAAGCCAUUUACUCUGUCACUCUGCUACACCAUUUCGAAAAUUAAUCUCCACUACUUCGGGCUGGUGCGUCUCCAUCUACGCAAUCAGUGUGUGUUUUGUGAUUUCUAGGCUAUCAAGUGACUUUUAGACUACAUGCUUAUUCACCGCUUUCCAGGAUUGGAUUUCAAUACCCUCUAAAAAGUACUCAACAUAAAACAUAAUUUUAUGUGCCGCCUAUAUCCUACCUCCAUUAAACAGAUCACUGACCACUACCUUUCCCAACAAACUCUCUGCUAGUGGCCCCUGGACACUUUUUGGCUUCUUAUAUUAAAUCGGCUUAAAGUUCUGUACCCGAAAGUACACAA